UCCCAAAAAUGGAUUUUGAACAUAAAGCGAAAGCAGUGGCCGACUGCUUGAUGAGCUACAGGAAGGAUGAGUCUGGAUGGAAAGUCUGCAAGAAAUCGAACGAUGUCAUUGUGUCGUGGCGACCCUCGUCUGAGUUCCCGGGGAAUCUGUGAGGAAUCUGUCCUUUUUUCACUUCUUUUGCACUAUUGGUUUCCUGAAGUAUUAAGCACACAUCAAAUAUACAGAUUAGUGCUUUUCUGGAGAAAACAUUGCUGUGCAGGUGCAAGAAUAAAAACAGGCAUAAGGAUAAUAGUGACUUCUUAAACAUGUCAAACCAGAAAUGCCUCAGAAAAACGUUUGUGCUUGUUGGGGUUCCUGGAAUAUUGGUUUUUUGCACUUCUUUUCAUCAGUAAUUGUAAUCAUACAUUUAUCUGUGGAGGAUUUUAUUCAACUUCUAGUUUAACUCAGAAAAAAAAAUAGACUAGUGUGUGUUCUUGACUUUAAAGUGCAGGUAUCAAAGGGAAUCUACCAGUUCAUGGUGGAAAUUCCCUUUUCAGUGCAGCUGGCCAAACGAUAAGGAACCCACUUACUGGUUAAGAGACACAGACAGUGGACAGCAUAUACUCAGUUUCUUAAGAUAAAACUAACUCAUUGUUACUGCCAGGGGCAGCACAAAAGUGACCCUCUGGGACUGAUUUUUAGUUUUAGUGUUCUUAUUUUCCACCAAGUUAUCAGUUAUGUUACUAGUUAGCUAACAGAAACCAGUGCAAGUCUGUUGACUGCAACCAGCCAACAAACCCAAUGAUGUCACAUUCUGUUCUGCCACAAGAUGGCGUUAAGUGAUUCAAGUUUUUAAAGCACGUUUAUUUCUUAAGUCCAGCUACAUAGACAGUUUUACAUCUGUGUCUGUUUUUGAGGGCAGAGCUAGGACCUGGCGUGCACAUAUGUGGACAUCACAGUUUGGGUUGUCUAGACCAAAAUACAAAGUUUUGCUCUGGGGCCUGAUAUCCACGUACGAGGACAUAAAACUACCACUGUUCUUUUGAAAUUUAAAGCGAAUGUCCUCAUAUGUGGAUCUCAUCUUUCUCAGAAACAAAUAUUAAAAAAAGCCAAAACAUCUAAUUCUUUGUUUUUACAUUCAUCAGGUCCCAAAGAGAAAUGAAAAACGAAAUGAAAGAGUUUGGGUCUUAGGAGCUUAAAUAUGUGUAGAAUAUAAAUUAUUUCAUUACACUGGCCUCAUAAUGAAAGCUUGUAAAGUUACAGCAGAUCAUUAUUACUUAUCCUAAUGUCUGAUGACGAUGUGAACCUAAAAAUUGGCAUAUAGCUGAACUGCAUUGCAUAAAUCAGAGUGUAUUAUUAUGCAGAGUUCUUUUAUUCGUGUAGCACAAGUGUACAACAACAGUUGUUUCAAUGUUCUUUACAACAUAAAGUAAAGACCCUACAAAAUGAUCCAAUAAUCCUCUUUAAGCCAGAAACUGGUUACAGAUGGGAGGAAAAACUGCACUGAGGGUAAAAAUGGGCUGCUCUCUAAUUAGAUUUUUUUUUUUUUAAAUUGAUCAUUUCAUAGCUCCUAUUUAAAGGAAUCAGUUUGGAGCCAUUGCAGUUUUCAGAAAAGCUAGUGAGUCCACUUUACAUACUUAAAUGCAGAGCUUUAAUAAUGCUCAGUGCAUCACCUGCAUGCGAAUGUUUUUGCAAGUGGCAUUUCUAACAGAAUGUUUUGCUUCUGUUAUCUGUGUGCGUAGGUCAAAUUGUUUUCUUAUACAACAGUGUGGUAGUCCUGCCUUCAUAAUCUUCUCUCCUGACUAUGUGCCAUUAUCUGAUUACACUGGCAGUUAUAAGGGUGACGGGAUUGUCAACGGCACUCCUGAAAAAGUGUGGGAAUGUCUUAAACCGGUGCCCAAUGGACUCAGAGUCAAAUGGGACAACAAUGUCAAAAGGUUUGAGGUUCUGGAACAAAUUACAGAGGACAUCUCGAUCUGCCGAACAGUCACGCCCUCUGCAGCUAUGGGCAUCAUAGCACCACGAGACUUUGUAGAUGUUAUUUUAAUUAAGCAAUACGAAGAUGGCAGCAUUUCUUCAAAUGCUACCAAUACAAUUCACCCGAGCUGCGCUCCCCAGUCUGGCUACGUGAGAGGAUUCAACCAUCCCUGUGGUUGCAUCUGUGUCCCCGUCUCAGGAGAGCCCAACAAAACCCAGGUGCUGACUUUUUUCCAAACAGACCUAGGAGGCUACCUCCCUCGCUCUGUGGUUGACUCAUUCUUCCCCUCCAGCAUGGCGGAGUUCUACAGCAACCUGGCCAAGUCUGUUAAAUCACUCAAGGACUUUUGACACAAAGAGUUCAAUUCCUGCCUGAGGGCUGCUCACGAGUAGUUCAGAUGUUCAUGCCAUUUUUAACAGUCUAAGUCAACAGUAACGAACAAGCUCAGAUUAUCAGAUGAUCACACGAACAUAGACGUAUUUGUACACGUGUUAAAAGCAUGAAAAACAUUCCUUUUUUAUGAGAAUAGUGUGGCAUUAGACAUUUCCUCUUCUUACUUGCGUGUAUAGUAAACAUGCACAUUGCACGGCUCUUAGUCAACGUAUGCUGAUAUCGUUUAUUGGUUUUAACUUCAUACCUCACAUUUACAGCUGGUAAAAGAAGUAUGAAACACAUCACCGAUGUUUCAAGUAAAUAUAUUUCGAAAGUUCCUAUUGACCCUUAAAUUUUUACUAUGUGUGUAACAACCCAGUUAAUCCACACAUGCAAAGAAAUCAAACCAUAGAUGUUCAUAAAGUUGUUUAUAAUAACAAAAAGGGCCAGAGGUUAAACACGUGAAGAAAGUCAUGACUGCACCUGAAAUCCAUCAGUAAUUAUAACGCAAUCCUGCCACUCAGAGCAAAUUAAUAUGAGCUUGUUCAGUCCCACCUGAUGGCUUAUAAAAAGUAACAUUACCAAGGUGUCACACAAGAAUCUCAUGAUGCUCUGCAGCAACUUUAUUGUUGCAAAAGAUACUGAUGGCACUGGUUACAGAGGAGGUUUUAAAAUACUGAAGGUUCCAGUGAGCACUGUUGGGACCAUAAUCUGACCAAAAACCAGCCACAACCAGGUGAUUCCUGCAACAUUUCAGACAGAGGAGUGAAAAGAAUAAUCAGAGGAGUUUUCCAGCAGUGAAGGACCACUUGUAGAAAGCUACAGAAACACCUGGAUCAGUAGGUACUGUUAUUUCAAAGAAAAAAUGAAUGCACUCCACCCCCAUGGCCUGUGUCCAUGUUCACCAUGCGGAACUUCAUUGCUGAAUAAAAAGCAUGUUGAAAUACGUUUAAAGUUUGCUGAACUUUUAAACAAAUGCUGGGAGAAUAAAGUCUGUUCAGAUGAGACCAAAACUGAACUGUUUGAUGCCAUAAUAGAGAUCAUCAGAAUCAGAAUACUUUAUUAAUCCCGAAGGAAAUUAUGGAAAAUUAUCAAAUUAUUAUCAUCAUCAUAUUAUCCAAGAAACGCUAUACCAACGGUGAAGUUUGGUGACAGGAACAUCAAGGUGUGGGGCUGUGUUUUCAGCUUAGGGUGCUGGCAUGCUUCACAUAAGUAAGUGAAGGAUGUGUGGGGAAUGUACGGAGACAUUCUUGAUAAGAAUCUGCUGCUUAAAGACUGUUUAUGGGGAAGAGUGGGCCACAACUCCCAGCAAUGCAUAGUUCUUCAUCUUGAAGCUGCCAUCACCAACAAAGGCUUCUGGAUAAAUUUCAGUAACCAUGUUCAAUACUUACACAUCAUUUUUUGACAUCUAUGGUUUGAUUUCUUUGCAUGUGUGGAUUGGAUGGGCUGUUACUGACAUCUGUUAGAAUUUCAUGACAGUAGCACUGUUACAAAUAUUUACUUAAAAAAAUGAGUGACAUUUUCUAUACUUAUUUUACCUGCUUGUUCGUGUUGUACUUGAAUUCCUGUGGUUUUGUUCACCUGCAAACGAUGAAUAUCUACCUCUUUUAUCAGUUAUACUAAAACGAUGACGUAUACAUUGGAAUUCGUGGGGAGCCCUUGUAAGCAAAACUUUUUUUUUCCUUCUGGCGAACCUAAAAUGCCUUUAAAUUGGAUAUUUUUAAUGCUGUUCACCUGAGCAGAAGCGUCUUCCUGUGACUUUCAUGGCUGUGUUUUCUGAAGCACAGUUUCCAUUCUGUUUCUUGGUAAACAGUACCUGAAACAACAGUGGAACUUCGGUAGACUGGUUCAGUAAUGACCAAAUCAAUUAUAUUUCAUUUAGGAAAACGUAAAAAGGUUUUUCUUUUUUUUUGUUGUCAAUUUUAUACCAAUUUAUAAAACUACGACUGACAGAUUUGAUGUAAAAAGUUUUGAAAAAUAACUAUUUUAAGUGGCAUGAGGUAACUGCAUGUGUAAGACAGAAUGAUAAGAAUAACUGCUGUGUAACUGGCUUAAGAUAUCAAACUGUUACAACCCAAUUCAAAAGAAAAAGGACAUUUUCGGUGACGGUGAAGUAUCGGCAAGGUACGGUAAACAUCACACGUGAAACAAACAUAAUGAUGAAAUGAAAGUGAGACAGAAAAUAAAAAUAAGUGGUAUUUAUAAGAUGAAUAUAAGAGAUAAAAAUCACAGAUGUUAAUAAACGCUGUACGCGUCGUGAUAUUUGGACAAAGCUUUGUUCUGAUUGGCUGAUCCAUUAUGGAGGAUAGCUGAAUAUGGGUAAGAGCUUAUUUCAUCUUUUUCUGUUUUAACAAGUAAGCAAACAUUCAAUUGAAUCUGUAGAAACUACAGUAGUCUAUUUGCAGUGUUUUGGGGUUUUUUACGGGGAGGGGUUACAGUUUAUAAAUCCUAAAGACAAACGUACGUUUCUGAAUGGAAGUGCACUGAUUUUAAUCUUAAUUUAAUCUAAUUUCAUUUUCAAGACAGAGUGGGGGACUUUGCUAGCACUUAAUAAUAAUGCAUAAUAGUGUCAUACUAAGCAUUAUCAAGGUAUUAGCAAGAGCUUAAUUCACCUUUUACAUUGCAUUACACUGUAUUAUGCCAUUUAUAAAUACAGCUAUAUUAUUAUGAAUAUGACCAUGACUAUGAUUAUUGCUAGCAGUGAUGUAGUGUCAGUGAUUGCUGUACACGGUGUCAGUAUACAAAACCACAUACUAGGGAGGAUUAAUUACAUAUAAAAAAAUAAGUACUUGCUAAUAGGCUAAUGCUUAAUAGUGUGACACUAUAAAGUGCUACUGCAGCUUCACAUUAAUUUAUAGUGUUUUGUUUCUUCAAAUUCUAUUGAUGGAACACAUGGAUUAGGAAUUUUUAUUUCUUCAGCAUUAAGACAAUUUUUGCCAAUUUGGAUUUCCUUUCGAAGAACCAUAACUGACAGCAUAGACAAAUAAAAUCCCAUUAUGAUCAAUUACCUACAAUUAUCAACACUUUAAUGAACCAAGUUCAAACCGACACGUGUAUAAUAGUCCCCACUGUAUUCACUGAUUUGAGAGGUUGUAAUCACAGAGUUGUGGUUGUAAUCAGUAAAAAUAAAUGAAUAUGAGUAAACUUUGAA